AUGGCUCAAAGCCAAUGGGACCUGACUGUGGUGGAACCUGAUGACCUCCAGAAGCUGAUGUACACCUUCUUCGACGCGCAGUGCUUCCCCCUCUUCACGAUUGAUCGACGACUGUUCACAGAUGACUUUCUGGCGAACCGAAACGAACACUGCUCACCUGCGCUCUUACGCGCCAUACUUUCUCUGGCGUGCAGAAUCGAAGGCGGCUACGACGCGCAAGAGUCUCAUUACGUCAACCUCGGCGAUCGCAUGUUCCACGAAUCGAGGGCCCUUUUGUCUGCCGAGGGACCAUCUCGUUUCAGUCUGCCCAACGCACAGGCGUUCGGCUUGCUUGCCAUUCACCAGCUAGCGCGCUACAAUCAACAAGAUACAUUAGAUCUGAUGGAAGAGGGUAUUUACGUCCUGGGAGUGAUUGCGCGCAUGGCCUGCUCAUCCGUCAAUCCUCCCAAUACCAACGGCACGCGGCCGAAAAGAGGUGCCCUUCGUGGUCCUAGAGUAGAGAUAUGCGGUCUCCUCGAUAUCUCCGGCGCCCUCAACGAGCGAGACGAACUCGACAUAUUCGAAGAAACUUUCACACAGGUUAUCGACGCGGUAUACACAUUCUCUCGCGCCCCCAGCACAAAGGACCACAAGGACGACCGGGACGCUUUAAUGCAAACUUACAGAACGUGCCUCGAGUGGUAUUCCAAGAUCACCGGAGCGCUGGAUUUUGGCAAUCUGGACCGAUCUGUCAUCAUUUUCACGCACCUCGCGUAUCACUUCUGCUUGCUGAACCUCUUCCGCCCCUAUUGCGACUCGACCCCCGCCGGAAAAAAUAUUGACUUCCACGAGAUCCGGAACGAAUCCGCUUCGGUCAUUGUCGCCCUCUGCAAGACAUUGCAGGACUUGAUUCCUCAAAAGCGCUGGCAUUGUUUCCUGGCCCUAUUCGUCUACGCAGCUGGCCACACGAUGAUACCCCAGAAGCACGCAAAAGAGUGCAUCAUCUACAGCCCCUUCCAUCCUCCCCACUCUCUCAGAACGGUCAGACACACCGUCCACCGGCGCGACGACGCCAGUGCCAAUGACCAACGAGUUAACAACCCCGUCUGCCACAAGUGA